CAGUAAACAACGAGGGGGGUGUGCUGGGUCAUGCGCUAGUAACAAAGACACUUUUACGGGGGUUGUGUAACUUGACUUUUUGUGACAGGCGUAUUAUGGGCAGCCCGCGGGGUCCUUGAUCUCAUGGCGGCCCGGUGUCUGUGUCCUGGCAGGAGUGCUGUCCCCCUGGUAAAGGGUACACGGGGACUGUCAGGUAUUCGUUAUGACUAUGAUUUGUUGGUCAUUGGCGGUGGAUCUGGAGGUCUGGCGUGUGCCAAAGAAGCUUCACAAUUUGGAAAGAAGGUUGCCGUCUUUGAUUAUGUUGAUCCAUCCCCAAGAGGCACCAAAUGGGGUAUUGGAGGUACAUGUGUCAACGUUGGCUGCAUUCCCAAAAAGCUAAUGCAUCAAGCAGCACUCCUGGGCAGUGCCCUGAAAGAUGCCCCUCACUACGGCUGGCAUGUACAACAGCCAACAUCACAUGACUGGUCCAAAAUGUCUCAAGCUGUCCAGAAUUAUGUGAAAUCGUUGAAUUGGGGACAUCGAGUACAACUACAGGACAAGAAAGUGAAGUAUUAUAACAUGAAGGCCAACUUCUUAGACGAGCACAGUGUUCGUGGACAAACAAAAGCCGGGAAAGAGACCGUUGUCACCGCACAAAACAUAGUAAUAGCUACAGGAGGAAGGCCAAAGUAUCCUACACAUAUUCCUGGUGCAGUGGAACAUGGUAUUACGAGCGAUGACCUCUUCUGGCUAAAAGAAUCUCCUGGAAAAACAUUGGUGGUUGGAGCCAGCUAUGUUUCUUUGGAGUGUGCCGGGUUUUUAACUGGUAUUGGCCUGGACACUACAGCUAUGGUACGCAGUAUACCUCUCCGAGGAUUUGAUCAGCAAAUGGCUGCCCUAGUUACAGAUUAUAUGGAGUUUUACGGAACAAAAUUUCUGUGGAAAAGCACACCUUUGAGGGUAGAGAAGUUGCAGGAUGGAAAACUUCAGGUUACUUGGGAGGACACAAGUAUGGGCAAAGAGGGAAAGGAUGUAUUUGACACAGUCAUGUGGGCUGUAGGUCGCGCCCCUGAAACCAAAUUACUGAACUUGGAGAAGGUGGGAGUGAAUAUUAAGCCGGAUACUGGAAAGAUUAUUGUAGACGUUGCCGAAGCCACAUCAGUACCAAAUAUAUUUGCCAUUGGAGACAUAACAGAGGGUCGUCCAGAGCUGACACCGACAGCUAUUGCUGCCGGGAAGCUUUUGGCUCAACGUUUAUUUAACAACUCAACCAAGCUGAUGGACUAUGACAGUGUUCCUACUACUGUCUUCACACCGCUAGAAUAUGGCUGUGUAGGGGUGUCAGAAGAAGAAGCAUUGGAACGCUAUGGAGAGGACGCCAUCGAGGUCUUUCAUGCUUUCUAUAAACCUCUGGAGUUUACAGUGGCUGAAAGAGGUUCCUCGCAGUGUUAUAUUAAGAUGAUAUGUCUCCGGAAACAAGGUCUGAGAAUUGUGGGCCUGCACUUCACAGGGCCAAAUGCUGGAGAAGUUAUACAAGGAUUUGCUCUUGGAAUCAAAUGUGGAGCUACCUAUCCUCAGCUGAUGAGCACGGUGGGCAUACACCCUACAUGCGCAGAAGAAGUAACCAAACUGCACAUCACCAAACGUUCUGGCCUGGACCCCACUGUCACCGGCUGCUGAGGUUAAUUGCCAUCCCUGAAUAAGACAGACUGAUGGCAGACCUCUUUAGGGAUGGUGACUAUGCUCAGGUGGAUGUUGAAACUGAAUGCAUUCACACAUUGGGUGUACACAUUUGGUGCCGACCAAUGAUGGCUUGUAUGUAAACCCACGCCGUGGGCAGGACAAGCCUGAAUAUUACUGGUUUCCUUCUAAUUUGUGACACUGUGUUAUGUGAAAUAAAAUAAAUGUUUACUUUUUUACCUGAA